UAUGGUUGAAAAGCAGGAAGAAAUGAAUGGUUGUGGUCUCAAUGGAGGAAGGAAAAACAAGAGAAAGUUAGCUGAUCCUUCUCGACACAAUGCGGCUUCUCUGACUGAAUUCCCUCGAUAUGAGUUACCUUCGUUGAAAUCGGAAGACCAUUUGAGUGAAAAUGGGUCGACUGAGGAAGUUUCGGAUCAGCUGAAAGUUGAAGAGCCUGAGUCUGUAGAAUGGGAUGACCCAUUUGCUUGUCAUCUUGAAGAAUUGUUGUCGUCAAAUUUGCUCACGCUCUUCCUUAAUGCAAUGAAGCAACUUAUUGACUGUGGCUACACCGAUGAUGAUGUUCUGAAAGCUCUUUCAGGCAGUAGGCUCUACUGUGGAGGCAAUGACCUUGUGUCAAACAUUGUCAAAAACACCUUGAUUAUUCUCAAGCAUGGAAACGAAGGUGCUGGUUCAAGAGAUUAUGUUUUUGAGGAUUUACAACAGCUUGUCGCUUAUACGUUGGUGGAAAUGAUAAGUCUUGUUAAGGAGGUUAGACCGUCCCUGUCAACAGUCGAAGCCAUGUGGCGGCUUUUGAUGUGCGACUUGAAUGUCUUGCAAGCAUUUAAAGUUGAAUCAUCUGAAUCUCCAGGUUUCAGUUGGAGAAAAUCGUGUGAGUCUCUUGGUACUGAAUGUAAUCCUCCAAACUCGAGUGACCUAGAUAACCCCAAGCCUCUGCAAACCAAUGCGCCGGAGAGCAAUCGGAGUGAGCCACUGAAAUUUGGAAAUUUCCCAAAUGUACCCAACUUUAAAAAUACUCAUCAUAUUGGAACAGCAUCAGGAAAAGAAGUAUGUUCAGGUAGCUCUGUUUGUGGUGCAGGCAUUAAAAGUACAUCUUUUACUCUGGUCUCUGAGGAAAAAUUAGUAUCUUGUCGAAAAGGCCGCACUAAAAAAGAAAUAGCCAUGCUUCGUCAGAAAUCAUGUGUGGAGAAGAUUAGGACUUACAGCAAAGGCAGUGGCUAUAAGGCGGCAAAGUUUGCAUCAGUCGGCAGUUUCCUUCUAGAGAAAAGAGUCAAAUCAUCUUCUGAGUUAGGCGCAAGAAAUUGUUCAUCAAAGAUAACAGCAGAGAUUGGGGUGAAAGUUUCAUUAGAGGAGAGCAGCUGUUUCGUACGUAAGAAGAGUAGCAAGUUAGAGUCACCUGUGGUAGUGGUAGAUGCACAGGGGUAUAUAACUGCUUUACCCGCUACUUCAGUACCAUGUGCUUCAAGAAAAAAGUCUGGAUCUGCGUCUGCAACGCUGGCACCUUCAGCCUCAGGAAAGAAGGCUGUUUCGUCUGUACCCAUAGAUUCAGAAAAGAAGUCUGGUUCUGAGUCUGAAGAAAAGGCUUCUGUGUCUGAAAAGCUAGCACCAGAUUACUACGCUGGGAUCCCGUAUGAUGCAUCUCUGGGUAAAUAUGUUCCUCGGGAUAAGAAGGAUGAAUUGAUUCUAAAGCUCAUUCCUCGAAUGAAUGACCUGCAGAAUGAAAUGCAGGUAUGGACGGACUGGGCCAAUCAGAAGGUAAAAGAAGCAACUGGUAGACUUCUUAAGGAUCAACCAGAGCUUAAGGCACUAAGGAAAGAGCGAGAAGAGGCACGGCAGCAUAAAAAAGAUAAGCUGUUAUUGGGAGAAAACACUAUGAAGAGGCUGAGUGAGAUGGAGUUCGCGGUGAAAAAUACGACCAGUCAGUUUGAAAAAGCUAACAAUGCUGCUCGCAGGCUCGAGGUAGAACAAUCUUUACUGAAGAAAGAAAUGGAAGCUGCUAAGAAAAGAGCUGCUGAGUCUGCUGAGAGUUGUAGAGAAGCAAAAGAGAGAGGGCAAAGAUCACUGAAGGAUACUCAGGCGUGGGAAGCGCAAAAGAUUCUGUUGCAGGAAGAGCUCAAACGUCAAAGAGAUAAGGUGGCAGGGCUGCAAAAAGAAGUUACCAAAGCAAAAAAUCGCCAGAAUCAAAUUGAGGCUACAUUGAAACAAGAAAAGACAGCGAAGGGGAAAAUCACAGCUAAGGUUUGUGCAAUAAAGAAAGAAAGAAAGGAACUUGAAGCACUUGGAAAGGCAGAAGAAGAGCGGAUCAAAGCGAAAGCAGAAGCAGACGUAAAAUACUACAUAGAAAACAUCAAAAGACUUGAGAGAGAUAUCUCAGAGCUGAAACUUAAAUCAGAGUACUCGAGAAUAGUGGCACUGAAGAAAGGAGGCAAUGACACAAAGGCAACAAAAAGAGAGAGCCUUGGAAUGACGAAAGUUAAGAGAGAAAGAGAAUGCGUGAUGUGUUUGUCUGAAGAGAUGAGUGUGAUCUUCUUGCCUUGUGCUCACCAAGUUCUUUGCUUUAAAUGCAAUCAGCUUCAUGAGAAAGAAGGAAUGAAGGAUUGUCCGUCUUGUCGUGGGACGAUACAGAGGAGGAUUCAAGCUCGUUUCGGUCGCACCGGG